AUGUCUGCCGAUUUAUUCGCAGAAUUCGGCCUAGAUUCAACAUCUACUCAAUCCUCCAAAAUCCCUCGUCAACAGACAGCUCAUGCGCAGACAAGUUCUCUCAUUCCCGAUCUGGACACAUGGGAAGAUGCAGACUUCGGCGAUUUCACGAGCCCGGCUCCGUCGGUACCAUCAAUAGGCCAGCAAACAAGGCAGCCUCAAUACGACGACAAUGUAUUAUUUGAUGCGACGCUGGAGACGGCUUCGAAUGCAGAAUCCGAUGACUGGGGGGAGUUCGAGACUGCAGAGCCGUCACUGGCUCAGCAGCAGCCGACGGGGCCUGUUCAUGCGCCAGGUCGGGUUCAGGGUCAGUCUAAGAGUUCUGAUCUGCUGUCUGGGAACUUUGAUUUACUAUCAAUAGAGGAGAAGAAGCCGCCAUCGAAACCUCAGGCGAGAAAAGCAGUAGCCAAGAAAAGUCCUCUGCCUCAAAGCAAAGUCUCCAUAAAGCCACCUGAACCACCUGAAGACGAUCCCUUUGAAGAUUGGGGGGAUUUCGAUGAUGGGCCUCCUUCAGCAUCCAUUUCAGCCAGCCUCGCAAGCCAGCCUCGCAAACCAGAAAUUACAGCUGGACGGACACUGAAAAAGCAACCCCCAGCGCAACCCGCUUCACAAACUUUCAGCAAGGUCGGUCAAGAAAGCGUUCCUGCAAGUCAAGUACGACCGACAAACAUCCCUCCACCAUCUGUCCUACUGGGGUUAUUUCCCCAGGUACUAGAUCAACUACGACAUGAAGCAACGCAAGCCAGAAAGAACGCGCAACAGAAAGAAGCUCUCGAAGCAGCAGCAUCAGCGAUCACCUGCACCCUGAAGACAGCCGCACGAGUAAUCGCCGGCCGCACUCAUCGAUGGAAACGAGACGCCAUCCUGAGCCAAAGCAUGAGAAUCGGCCCAGCGCGCUCCGGGAAAGCCGGCGGCAUGAAGCUCAGUUCAGUCAACAAGAACGAGGACAUUAAAGAGCAGCAAGAAGCCGUUGACGUGAUCACAAUCUGGCGUGACCGUGCUGCGCUGUUCAACUCUGUGGUUCAGACCUCAGGGAAACGUCCGGUUCCUGUCAUUCCGGAGAAUGUGCGGGUUAUUACUGCAAGCGCUGGGCAAGGAGCUCUCAAAGCGUCUCACGCUUGCGCGCUCUGCGGGUUGAAACGGGAUGAACGAUUACCGAAAGUGGACGAUGGCGUUGAGGAUAGCUUUGGGGAGUGGUGGACGGAACAUUGGGGGCAUACUGAUUGCAAUGAAUUUUGGCAGGGCAAUAUGAGGCUACUUAGCCAGCGAUAA